AUGUCUGACAUGGUAGAGUCGGUUUUCCUGCGAGAGGUUUGUAGUGAGGAUGUAAACAGGAAGAAAGAUGUUAUUUACUUUCUUUAUUGUGUGGUUGGCACUUUGAUCAUAUGUAUUUGCAUCAUCGGAGCUACAGUCUCAGCGGUCGGCUAUCGGAUUUAUGUGAGUUUAAAAAUUCGCGAAAUUUGAAGUUUAAAACUAUUUUAUUACAACGUUCGGGCUAUUUUAAGGCUUUAAAAUUAUUUUUUUAAAAAGCUACUAUAAUAUAAGUAAAAUAUUGCUAUUUCGCACAAAAAUCCAACAAAAUAUGACCGUUCCAGCGUGACUUGGACAAGAUAAGUGUGAUGAGAGCGUUGAUAUCGAAUCUGGAGCCCGAUGAUGAGCCAUCAGCUAAUGCCAAGACGCCGUUAGUCCAAGAAACGGUGAGGUUGGAGCCGGAAACAGCAGCAUCGACGAGCAGAAUCAGCGACCUCCCGGAGAGCUCGAACAAUAACAAUGAUGAGGAUUAUGCCGAAGACUUGAGAGUCUACGAGAGGUACAAGUUGAGGGUCAAGAACUUUGAGAGCAAGAGGAAAGCACCGGUGACAAACAACAGGCCUAGUAAGUUUGGAUUACUUUGUUUUAGGUAGGGCGUGGAGUUUUGGAGGAGAAGUGGAAAAGCUCUAACUUACCUUAUAUUACCAUGCUAUUUAAUCCUAACUCAAUUUCAGACAAAGAAGGAAAGACAGCGAAGGAAGGGCAAAAGUUCGAAGAAGCCAAGACUCAGAUGAACCCAGUAAGCACUGCGCAACUUGUCACCGCCGUCGAUAACGAGACCAAACGAGGCAUGAAAGACAGUCACACGGCACCCAGAACCAACAAGAAUGGCAAACCGUCACGACCAAUAAUCAAGAAGUCGGUGAUCCCGGUCAAAGAGACACAGUCCAUUCACGAAGAGCCAGCGAGCGAACAACAUACUCAACAAAUGUCAGAAGUUCAGGAGCCGAGAGCGAUCAAAACAGCGCCUAGAAGCAAAUACUGA